AUGUCUAAGAGCCAGAUUUGUCCACUUUUUGAGGCUUUGACAUUUUCCCCUCGUUCACCAUUGUCAAAGUUAUUCUAUAAAGACAUUGUUCUUGAGUUAAAGCACACUCCAAUAACUCCUUUUCAUGCAAAUGCAAAAAGGUCAUCCUUUCCAAAGGCCAGUAGUGGCUUAGCACUAGGAGUGAGAACUCAGGAGAGUCUUGAUAGUGAAGGCUUGUUUGGAAAGAAGCUCUACUCUGCUGAAAUGCAAAUGGACAUGAUGGUUCACGGUAUGGUGCUUGAAAGGGGUGGAGAAAAUAAAAUGCUGGGACUGAGAUUUACUCCAAGGCAUAAACGUUCAAAGAGUCUUUCUGAUAAGAAAAAAAUCCAGGAGGACAAUUCAGAUCGCAUUCAGGUCUCAGAUCGCAUGAAGCUGGACAUGGGUUACCUCACGGAAUGUGAUAAAGCUGAGAAAAAUCGAACCCCUACAAAUGAAGUUCACAGUACUCUGAAGCAAGAGAUUCUACAGCUGGAGAGAAGAUUACAAGACCAAUUUCAGGUCAGAGGCACGUUAGAAAAGGCACUUGGAUACAGAUCUUCAUCCCUCGCUGACUCAAAUGAGAUGAUAAAACCCAAGCCAGCCACAGAAUUAGUAAGGGAAAUUGCAGUGUUAGAGUUGGAAGUUGUGUAUUUGGAGCAACAUCUUCUGUCCUUGUACCGUAAAGCUUUUGAUCAACAAUUAUCUUCUGUAUCUCCGACUUCAAAGGAGGAAAAUAUAAAGUUCCCUGUGACAACACAUAGUGCACGAUUCAUCAAUGUUUCUGUGCCUGAGGUCUUAACCAAGAGAGAAUGUUCUACAACACCAUCUAAAGACCAUGAGUUUGAGACUCAGAGAAAGGAGAAAAACAGAUAUGAGCCUGAGGCUUUAGGGAAAGAAUAUAAUGAAAAUCUACUAGAAGAAAAUCAUUUAGAUUCUGGGGUUUAUCGUUGCCAUUCCUCAUUAUCCCAUUGUCCAGCGUUUACAAGAGAAUCUCCUCUGGCAGAAUCUUUAGCUAAAUCUCUGCGUGCCUCUCAUUCCCAGCCAUUGUCCAUGUUGGAGUAUGCUCAAAGCUCUUCAUCGAACAUAAUAAGUCUGGCAGAACAUCUUGGUACCCGAAUAUCUGAUCAUGUUCCAGUAACACCUAAUAAACUUUCCGAGGAUAUGGUGAAAUGCAUAUCAGCUAUAUAUUGCAAGCUUGCAGACCCUCCUGUGACUCAUCCAGGCCUUUCAUCUCCAAGUUCAUCCUUGUCCUCAACAAGUGCCUUUUCCAUUGGAGAUCAAGGUGACAUGUGGAGUCCAAGGUUCAGGAAUAAUUCCUCUUUUGAUGUACGUUUAGAUAAUCCUUUCCACGUGGAAGGACUUAAGGAGUUUAGUGGGCCAUACAGCACCAUGAUUGAAGUCUCAUGGCUUUAUAAAGAGAAUCAGAAGUCUGGUGAUACUGAGAAGUUGCUUCAGAAUUUCAGGUCACUUAUUUGUCGAUUAGAACAAGUAGACCCCGGCAGGUUGAAACACGAGGAGAAGCUAGCUUUUUGGAUCAACAUACACAAUGCUUUAGUGAUGCAUGCAUUUCUGGCUUAUGGGAUUCCACAAAACAAUGUGAGAAGAGCUUUUCUUCUGUUGAAGGCUGCAUAUAAUGUUGGGGGUCAUACAAUUAGUGCAGACACAAUACAAAGUACUAUACUUAAGUGUCGGAUGUCUCGUCCAGGACAGUGGUUGCGCUUGUUAUUUUCUGCAAGGACAAAAUUCAAAACCGGAGAUAGACGACAAGCCUAUGCACUGGAGCAUCCUGAGCCUCUUUCACAUUUUGCACUCUGUUCAGGAAACCAUUCUGAUCCAGCGGUACGUACAUACACACCAAAGACAGUGUUACAAGAGCUAGAAGUUGCAAAGGACGAGUACAUUCGAGCCAACUUCGGAGUACGCAAGGACCAAAAAAUACUAUUACCAAAGCUUGUUGAGUCAUUCAGCAAGGACUCGGGUCUGUGCCCCAAUGGUAUCAUGGAUAUGAUCCUAGAAUGUCUACCCGAAUCCCUCAGCAAGAGUGUUAAGAAAUGUCAGCUUGCAAAAUCCAGCAAGUGUAUAGAAUGGAGUCCACACAACUUCACUUUUCGAUACCUUAUAUUUAAGGAUAUGGUAAAAUGA